CGGAUCAGUCUUCGCUUUGGCGUUAUUGUCAGUACGUUUAUUUUUCCGCUGCCAAAGAAUCGGCGGUAAUUUAUAUUAUUAUCAUACUUCGAUUAUCUGUGCCCAUCGUCGUUGUUUACUAUGACGGCAAUAGUGAAGUGCGUUGCCGUUGCUGUUUUGGUGGUACAAAUCGCCUUUGCUUCAGGCGAUAAGCUCAGACGAGGCAAAGAGUUAUUGGACACCGAGGACAGCGAUUUCUUCCGUUGCAAACAAGCCACCAGAAAGUCAUGCUGUGGUUCAGAAAACUCAUUGAAGAAAUUUGGUGACAAAAAUAAAAAAAAAACCGACGAGUGUUAUAGUGAAGUAGCAGAAAAAUUCAUCCAAUCAGCAAACGCAGCCAAAGAAAACUCUAAACAGGACUUGUUCUCUAGCGAAGCCGUGAAAAUCACAAAAAAAAAACAAUUUUGCCUUCACGAGUGUAUCGGCAAGAAAAAUGGCUUGCUUGUUGAAGACGGCUCUCUUAACAAAACGGCAAUUACCGAGUACGCUAUGAAGAGUGUUUUCAAGGAAGACUGGCAAAAACAAGUUGGACAAACCGCCCUAAACAAAUGUCUCGAAGAGACCUACAUCCCGUGGCCGGAAACAGAGACGGAAAACAAAUGCAAUCCCGUUUAUGUACAGUUCCAACACUGUUUGUGGUUGGAAUAUGAAACGACUUGCCCCGAGGAUAAACGCAAGCGUUCUAAGAAAUGCGAAAAGACUAGAAAGCGGUACCGAAUGAAUAAAUCAGUGUCCGGCCAAGUUACUAAACACUGAUAUAGUUGAUCGUUUAAUGUAAGUUAUUUGCCAACGUAUUUUUUGAACAUCAACAAAUGCAGUCGUCGAAGUGCACACAAUUGACCUACCUACCUAUAAUUCCUCCAUCAUUAAACACUACAUGACGAUGCGUCGCCAGAGAAUGUAUUUAUUCUUUUAUGUUUUUAGUUAUAUUUUUAUACAUAAGUAUUUAUAUCUAUAAAAGUAAUUAAAAAUUAAUCUGUAAGAUUAUAAUUAAAUAUGCAUUCACUAAGAGAAAGAUACUAUUCAUUCUUAGUUCUCUACAAAAUACCACCGAUUGCCCCUAUAAUAUUUUUUUUUAGUUUAUAUGAUAACAACAACAUUAUAUCAUUAUGAACAAACUGCACAUCUAUUAUUAUUAUGAUUAUUAUAAAUGGCUACGUCAUUUCAAUUCAAAUUAUCCAAACGCCUAGAUAGCCCAAUCCGCGUGACAAGUACAAUAAAAUUAAGGUUAUAUUUUCAUUUUGUUCUUAUAUUAUAUUCUCAUUUAAUUUUUUUGUUAGAACUUAAUUAUUAUUAUAACUAUUACUUUCACUUUUUUUGUUGUGUGCUAGAAGCUUAUUAGUGUAUUAUACAUAAAUAUAAUUUAUUUUAUAUAUACAUACAUAUAUAUUAUAUUGUUC